AUGGAGCAGACCUACAUCAUGAUCAAGCCGGACGGUGUCCAGCGCGGUCUCGUCGGCGAGAUCAUCAGCCGCUUCGAGAAGCGCGGCUACAAGCUCGUCGCGAUGAAGCUCGCCUCGCCCUCGGUCGAGCACCUCGAGAAGCACUACGAGGACCUCAAGGAGAAGCCUUUCUUCAAGGGCCUCGUCUCGUACAUGGCUUCCGGCCCCGUCGUCGCCAUGGUCUGGGAGGGCAAGGACGCCGUCAAGACCGGCCGCACCAUCCUCGGCGCCACCAACCCCCUCGCCUCGGCCCCGGGCACCAUCCGUGGUGACUUUGCCAUCGACGUCGGACGCAACGUCUGCCACGGCUCGGACGCCGUCGAGUCGGCCAAGAAGGAGAUCGCUCUCUGGUUUCCUGAGGGACUGGCCCAGUGGACGUCGGCCCAGCAAACCUGGGUUUACGAGAAGUAA